AGCCUUUCCAACUUUCCAGAAGUUUCUCGGGACGGGGGCUGGAGGGGGUGGGGACAGUCAUAUAUAGAUCCUGGCCUGAGGCAGCGGGCGGAGAGUAGAAUCAGUCAGCAGCAGCCUGAAAGUGAGACUCCGGUCCGAGCGCCAGCCCGGCCCAGCCCUCACAGGUCCCCUGCAGUGCACUCGACCCACCUUCCAGCCAUGCGCCCUCUCCUGCUCCUUGGUACCUUGUGCCUCCUGGCCAUGGCCCUGGCGGCCGAGGUGAAGAAACCUGCAGCAGCCCCUGGCACCUCGGAGAAGCUGAGCCCCAAGGCGGCCACACUGGCCGAGCGCAGCGCUGGCCUGGCCUUCAGCCUGUACCAGGCCAUGGCCAAGGACCAAGCUGUGGAGAACAUCCUGCUGUCACCAGUGGUGGUGGCCUCCUCCCUGGGGCUUGUGUCUCUGGGCGGCAAGGCGGCCACAGCAUCACAGGCCAAGGCUGUGCUGAGCGCGGAGCAGCUGCGGGAUGAGGAGGUGCACGCCGGCCUGGGCGAGCUGCUGCGCUCGCUCAGCAACUCCACGGCGCGCAACGUGACCUGGAAGCUGGGUAGCCGCCUGUACGGGCCCAGCUCCGUGAGCUUCGCGGACGACUUCGUGCGCAGCAGCAAGCAGCACUAUAACUGCGAGCACUCCAAGAUCAACUUCCGCGACAAGCGCAGUGCCCUGCAGUCCAUCAACGAGUGGGCCGCGCAGACCACCGACGGCAAGCUGCCCGAAGUCACCAAGGAUGUGGAACGCACUGAUGGCGCCCUGCUGGUCAAUGCCAUGUUCUUCAAGCCACACUGGGACGAGAAGUUCCACCACAAGAUGGUGGACAACCGUGGCUUCAUGGUGACACGUUCCUAUACCGUGGGUGUCACAAUGAUGCAUCGGACAGGCCUCUACAAUUACUAUGAUGACGAGAAGGAGAAGCUGCAAAUCCUGGAGAUGCCCCUCGCCCACAAGCUCUCCAGCCUCAUCAUCCUCAUGCCCCACCACGUGGAGCCGCUCGAGCGCCUUGAGAAGCUGCUGACCAAGGAGCAGCUGAAGGUCUGGAUGGGGAAGAUGCAGAAGAAGGCUGUCGCCAUCUCCCUGCCCAAGGGUGUGGUGGAGGUGACCCACGACUUACAGAAACACCUGGCGGGGCUGGGCCUGACCGAGGCCAUUGACAAGAACAAGGCAGACUUGUCGCGCAUGUCAGGCAAGAAGGACCUGUACCUGGCCAGCGUGUUCCAUGCCACUGCCUUCGAGUGGGACACAGAGGGCAACCCCUUUGACCAGGACAUCUACGGGCGUGAGGAGCUGCGCAGCCCCAAGCUGUUCUACGCGGACCACCCCUUCAUCUUCCUGGUGCGAGACACCCAGAGUGGCUCCCUGUUGUUCAUUGGGCGCCUGGUCCGGCCCAAGGGUGACAAGAUGCGAGAUGAAUUGUAGGGCCCUCAGGUGGGCAUGGGAUGACAGGAAGCAGCAGAAGGUUCCUGAGACACAUGGGUGCUAUUGUGGGGGGAGGUGCCUGUCUUGGAUAUUCCAUGGGGUGGGGGUGGAAAACCAGACCAGGGUUCCUAUGCACCUGAGCGGACCUUCCCAGCUAGAAUCUACUCCGCUUAGACAUGGGUCCCCAGAUGCCAUUAUGCUGAGCCCAGAGACCCCACAAGCUGUGCGACCUGGGCGAUAGCCAUCCUGUUCAGCCCUCUGAGUCUGGAUCCAGCCUGCCUUGACCAGCCAAUACUUUCCUGGCCUGUGGGCCUGUGGGGCUGGGGGUUAAAGCCUGGCCCUCUCCUGACGCUCCCACUGCCUCAGCCCCUCCCCACAACCUCUCCCAACUUCCUUCAGCUACAAAACCAGGUGCUGCAGUCCCUGGAACCAGGCUUCCCAGAGUGACUGUCUGGGUCAGGGGGAUUGGGAAACAGCUCAUAGGAGGGGCUCCUGGACAGACCCUGGUCGAGAAUUGUGUUGGGCAUCAUGGGAUGGACUUUUUAGUUUUUUCCCUUUUUUUAGUUUUUCAAAGAUGGGGGGAAGGGGGAACAUGAGCCUUUUUUUUUUUUUUUUUU